GUCAUCUGUCUGCAAGAUGACACCCUUCAGGCCCCAAAUAUCAUGUUAAGGGUGACCUUUGGGGAGUCGUGGGCACCUGCCUGCAGUCUUUCUUGUCCCUUCUGGAGGAUAUGGCUGGGCGGGGCGGGGCACUGCUUACCACAUCCCUUCCUCACCCCUUGCCUGGCCUCAGAUAGACACGGCAGCCUCUGCUGGUGGCCCUGUGUUUCAGCCGAACACAGCUGUCUGCCCACUUCUCCUGCGGUGUGCCUCAUGGUCACUUGCCUGUCUGACCACAAGUCUGUCCAUUCUCCGGGCAGCCAACUGGCCUCAGCCCGAGCCCUGGCAGUGCCCUGUCUCUGUCUGACUGCUCAGCUCUACUGUCUCCCUCUGUGUGGGCUCUGCCCAGACGCUAGGCUGGUCCUCAGCCUCAGGACUAUCUCAGUAGUGACUUCCCUGAUUCUGGACUUGUACCUGACUGAACUCCUGCCCACCUCAAACGCACACCUCCCGCCGCCACUCCAAGUCCUGCUGUGACUCCCGGCCCAGUAGACUACCCAGCUGUCUCAGCCUAAGGAAUGGCUUUCUGAGGAAAACCCUGAAGGAGUAGGUCUGGGACACAGCAUGCCACAGGGCCUGGCUGCUCCCUUACUCCUGCUGAUUCUCCACGGAGGCUGGAGCUGCCUGGACCUCACCUGCUACACGGACUACCUCUGUACUGUCACCUGUGUCCUGGAGACGCGGAACCCCAGCCCCAGCACACUCAGCCUCACCUGGCAAGAUGAAUAUGAGGAACUUCAGGACCAAGAGACCUCCUGCAGCCUGCACAGGUCUGGCCACAACACCACACAUAUAGGGUACACGUGCCGUAUGCGCUUGUCUCAAUUCAUGUCCGAUGAUGUUUUCAUUGUCAACAUGGUGGACCAGUCUGGCAACAACUCCCAAGAGUGUGGCAGCUUCAUCCUGGCUGACAGCAUCAAGCCAGCUCCCCCCGUGAAUGUGACUGUGACCUUCUCAGGACGAUAUGAUAUCUCUUGGGACUCUGCUUAUGAAGAGCCCUCUAACUACGUGCUGAGAGGCAAGCUACAAUAUGAGCUGCAGUACUGGAACCUCAGAGACCCCUAUGCUGUGAGGCCGGUGACCAAGCUGAUCUCAGUGGACUCAAGAAACAUCUCUCUUCUCCCUGAAGAGUUCCACAAAGAUUCUAGCUACCAGCUGCAGGUGCGGGCAGCACCUCAGCCAGGCACUUUAUUCAGGGGGACCUGGAGUGAGUGGAGUGACCCUGUCAUCUUUCAGACCCAGGCUGAGGAGCCCGAGGCAGGCUGGGACCCUCACAUGCUGCUGCUCCUGGCUGUCUUGAUCCUUGUCCUGGUUUUCUUGGGUCUGAAGAUCCACCCGCCUUGGAGGCUGUGGAAGAAGGUAUGGGCACCAGUGCCCACCCCUGAGAGUUUCUUCCAGCCCCUGUACAGGGAGCACAGUGGCAACUUCAAGAAAUGGGUUAAUACCCCUUUCACGGCCUCCAGUGUGGAGUUGGUGCCACAGAAUCCCACAACAACAUCAGUCUUACAUCUGUCAUCAUAUCCAGCCAAGGGGAAGAAGUUCCUGGGGCCUCCGGGUCUGGAAGAGCAACUGGAGUGUGAUGGAAUGUCUGAGCCUGGUCACUGGUGCAUAAUCCCCUUGGCAGCUGGUCAAGGGGUCUCAGCCUACAGUGAGGAGAGAGACCGGCCGUAUGGUCUGGUGUCCAUUGACACAGUGACCGUGGGGGAUGCAGAGGGCCUGUGUGUCUGGCCCUGUAGCUGUGAGGAUGAUGGAUAUCCAGCUGUGAACCUGGAUGCUGGCCGAGUGUCUGGCCCUAAUGGAGAGGAUCUGCUCUUGGUCACAGACCCUGCUUUUCUGUCUUGCGGCUGUGUCUCAGGUAGUGGCCUCAGGCCAGGAGGCUCCCCCGGCAGCCUGCUGGACAGGUUGAGGCUGCCAUUUGCCAAGGAAGGGGACUGGACCGCAGGCCCACCCUGGAGAACUGGGUCCCCAGGAGGGGCCUCUGAGAGUGAGGCAGGUUCACCUCCUGGUCUGGACAUGGACACGUUUGACAGCGGCUUUGCAGGUUCAGACUGUGGCAGCCCUGUGGAGACUGAUGAAGGACCCCCUCGAAGCUAUCUCCGCCAGUGGGUGGUCAGGACCCCUCCGCCUGUGGACAGUGGAGCCCAGAGCAGCUAGCAUAUGGCAAUCAGCUAUAAUGAGAAGAGGCCUGUGCCUGUGAAUGAGCGUCUGCCUGUGAUUUCCUGGUAGGCCUCUGAGCCUGACAUUUACAGUGUGUGUGUGUGUGUGUGUGUGUGUGUGUGUGUGUGUGACUUGGGUGUGUGUUAGCACAUCCAUGUUGAGGUUUGGUCUAUUGCUAUGCAUUGUAAUGCUAAAUUCUGUACCCAAAGUUUUAGACCUACGAGUGAAUUCUUAUGUUUACAAACGUUUGCUGUGUAAGUCUUGUUCCCUAAUUUAAUACCAUCGGUUAAAUAAAAUUGGCUACAACCAAUUACUGGAGGGAUUAGAGGAAGGUGGGUUUUGAGUUACCUGUUUGGAGGUAGAGAAGAAAUAGAGAGGAGAGACCAAGAGGAGAAGGAAGAAAGAGAGGAGAGGAGAGGGGAGGGGAGGGGAAGGGAGGGGAGAGGAGGGGAGGAAGCCACCAUGAGGGGAGAGGGACCAUGAGCACAGGUCAGGAGAAACAGCGAGCAUCUGGGGUACACUGCUGGGGAGGUAGCCAAGCCAGCAGUUAGAAGACUAAAUUAGGGGUGACCUCCAGUAAUUGUCACAGCCAAAUAAAAUAACCAUA